AUGCAGAUAGCAGGGUUGGAGAAAAAAGAUAUAUUAGAUUCGCUUGAUUUUCGCGCUGAAGUUGCUGAGGGAUUAUGCCUUUUGAGGACGAGUGAAAAUACACGAAAACGAGGAAGACCAAGUAGAAGUAUUGAAAGAAAUUUUGAAGAAAAAAAGAAAAGGAGCCAAACAAAGCCCAUACCGCAGUUUGACGUGCGAACUGACCAAAUAGGUCACUUCCCUUGUGAAAAAGAACAAAGUCAGAGGCGCAAAAAGCCAGGUUUUGUCGGACUGAAAACAUUUUUUCCUGCAUCAAAUGUGCGGCUGCAGCACAUCAUCUAUGCGGUGGAGACGAAAGAAUGGCCGGCAUCGAAGAGUUUUUCAGCGUACGCGACCGGCAUCGGGAGUGAGUUCGACGUGCCCAUCCAUGAGCUGCCGAACGAGCCUCCCAAGCGAGAGCGUGACACCUCUACGCCAAUGUCCUCCGUCGGGGAACCGGAAAUUUCCAUUAGCGUGGCGGGUGGGGCAAGUAAGAAGCGGAAACGACAUAUUGCCAUCGACGUUGAGACGGAGCGCGCCAAAUUGCACGCGCUGCUCAACAGCUCACACGCGGCUGCCUCUACUCCGCCCAUCUCAAAAGUAAGUUAUUCUUCGGUAGGUUUUUUUUUCAAUUAG